UUUCUCAAAUGGCAGGGGGUCGGGAUGACCCCUGGGGACUAACCCUGUAUAUCAUUCAAACCAUCUUAGCAUGACAAACCAAAAUAUAUAUGGUUUAGGGGUAGGGAUCUCGACCAUUUACAAGGUAUUAGAACUUUCUUAAAUGGCAGGGGGUGGGGGUGACCCCUGGGGACUAACCCUGUAUUUCAUUUAAUGGGCUUUAUCAUUUAGAACAUUUUCAAUUAAAAAGAUUGUGUCUAUCACAAACAGUUUUCAAUUUAUAAUCAUUUGAAAAUCUUUAAAAAUAAAAUCCCAUAGGGUUCUAUAGUAAAACCCUCUUUUCUUUUUGCCCCUCAAAGUACCCCUUUAUAAACCCCAUUGCACAAACAAAACCCUGAUUGCACCACUAGACAUGUUAGUCUAACAUAUUGUGAAACCCUAAAUUAAUCUGACAAGCGGUUUUGGAGAACGGGUGCGGACAAGUUCAAAUUUAAAAGCGGCGGAAGAGGAAGAAGAAGAAGAACUGAGCAAAAACAAUAAGUCUUCCCAAACUUCGUUUGGGAGACUUAAUAAACAUAAUUUUCUAUUUUUUCUGUUUGUAGCAGUGAUUUUUAACAUGUAAACCAGAUAAACCAUAUUCGACAACUCCAUUUUGAAAAUCUCACUAGUUCGGGUAAAUGGAGGUUGGCUACAAAUCCGACGACUAGGUAAAAUGAGGAAGUAAAAAUACCACUCGUGCAGAAUUGGGUCAGUUAGGUCGUGCAGAAAGAAUUCGUUGUCUGUCAAUUGGAUUUAAUGCAAAUAUGCACAGUUUGCAAAUCUAAGCAAAGCUGAUGGUGAUAUUUCGAGGAACAAAAACAAAAGGAAAUUCAGAAAUCAAAAGAAAGACAGGUUUCAUCGGUUUGUGACAUCCACUAUGAACACGAUGGAUAUAGCAAGAAUGACUUGUUGUAGCAUUUUGCUUUUGAUUAUAAAAGUGGAUCCAGUAUACCUCUGUCCAGAAAAAUGUUCAUGUGCAUACAGAGAUAAUCGAACUUAUCGGGUAGACUGUUCAUACGAAGGACUAACACAUGUACCAACAGAUAUUCGAUCAUACAAAGGCCUUAGAGUAAUUCUAAUGAACAAUAAUAAUAUUUCAGCACUAGAAAAUGGCCAGUUCAAUGGGUUACACGUAUUAAAUUAUUUAGACUUAUCCCAUAACCAUCUGGAAGAACUGUCUAGCGAAAUGUUUAUAGGGAUGUUAAAUUUGAAAACCUUAAAACUGAACUUCAACCGAAUGUACAUGGGUCAAAUCUAUGAAAAUGCAUUCAGAUUUCUUGAAAAUGUCCAAGUUUUUGAAAUGUAUGGAAUUUACAAUGAUGUGUAUUUUGAAGAUGCUUCAUAUCCCGUUAGUGUUUUGUAUCUUAAAAAAUUAACUACUUUGAAACUUGAUGGGCAAAAUAAUGGAAGUUUUGAUGAGGAAUUUACCCAGCUGAAAAACUUGCGCAAUUUAUCACUAUCCGGGAUAAAUGGGUACUGUACCAUUAACAGAAUACGUGAAAAUCAUUUCGUAAAUUGUCCAUAUCUAAUUAAAUUAAAUCUCAGCUUAUGUAAAAUAAAUUCAAUUGAUGCAGGAGCAUUUUCCAAUUUGGAAAAACUUGAAGACUUAAAUCUUUCUUUCAAUCGUCAUUUAGAAAUGACGGGAGUGAAAAACGCAACAGUAAAUUUAAAAAAGACAAAUAUAAAGACUCUUAGCCUAGAGAACAUACAUAGAAAUUAUCAACUUAUUAUCAAUAAAGAUGCGUUUACGGAAUUGAAAAACACAAAUUUGGAGAAACUUUAUUUAGACAAAAAUGAUAUUGCGAGAAUAGAAAAAGAUGUGAUUUAUACACUUCCAAAUACGAUGAAGUUCUUAUCUGUCAGGGAUAAUAAAUUUUCCAAUGGCAAAUUUAUUAAAGAACUUAAUCAACUCGAAAAUCUAGAAACGUUUGAUUGCAGUUUCCAAUUGCAGAGUUAUUUGUCACUAGGCGAAGGAUCUCCAUUAAUCAGUUUAUUCCUUCAAAAUAUCGUAAGCGAAAAGAAAGAUGAACCAUUAAAGCUUCCGCCUAAAUUACGACACAUAUAUGCAAGCCAUAUGAAAUUAAAUUAUCCAGUGAUACCAUCCCUUAGUUUUUAUAACAACUGUCUAGAAACUCUGGACUUGUCAACGAACGGAUUUGAAACAUUUGGUGGAGAAUGGAAAGGAUUACAUUCGCUUAAACUAUUGAACUUGUCAAGUAAUAAGUUGAGUUUUAUACAUCCCGAUUCUUUUAUCGAUAUGAAAAAUGUGUCUGUUUUACUAUUAAACGACAACAAUAUCGGGAAAACAAUCGCAAAAGAUACACUAUUUAAAAUAUUUUCUUCUCAAGUGAAUUUACAAUACCUUGAUUUAUCUCACAAUGAAAUUAAAGAACUUCCUAAGUUUAUAUUUUCAAAUUUAGGAAGUCUUGAACAACUCAUUUUGAAAGACAAUGUUUUAACAGCACUGGAUUUCCAUUUGCAAGGUCUAUAUAAAAUAAAAUUCAUUGAUUUCCAAACCAAUUCGAUAUUCGAAUUCUCAGACAUACAACGCAACAUGCUCAGCAAGUUAUUUAGGACUAAUAAUCUAACAAUUAAUUUAGAAAACAACAAAAUAAAAUGCGACUGUCAGAAUCCAAAUUUACUUAAGUGGUUUAAUGAGAAUUAUAUUCAUUUCGUAAAUUUUCAUAAUUAUAAAUGUAAGUUUGAAAAUGGAUCUUACGUUUUUCUCUCUCGAGCAAGCAAGCUAUUCUCUCAGCUGAGUAAUUCGUGUAAGUCACUGCAAUACACACUUUAUAGUUUGAUAGGAUCCGUUCUCUUUACCCUGUUUCUAUCAAUGAUUGCAAUAAUUUACUAUAAUAAACGUAAAGUAAAACACUUGAUCAGUUUUUUCAGUCGACAUGUACAACCAUAUGAUGUUCUUGAACAUGAUGGCGAUUCUGUGGAUAACAUUGUUUAUUUGUCAUAUUCAGAUCGCUCGUCACAAGUCGUUUCAAGAGUAGAAGAACAUUUAGAGAAAAAUGAUAUUUCCUGCUUUGGAAAACAUAAAGUAGAAUUUGGUGAGCCAGAAGUACCAGGAUUGACAGCUGGUCUAAGACAAAGUGACUGUAUUGUAUGUUUUUUAACACCGGAUUAUCUCCAAGAUGGUUUCUGUGUUCAAGAGUUCCGAUAUGGAAUUCACAAAGGCUAUGAGACUGGAAGGCAAAUUAUCAUACUAGUUUUAUUAGAGGAUAUUGAUGACAAAAAUUUGUUAAUUCAAAAUGAAGAAUUUUAUCGUUAUGUUUUCAAAAAUACGCCAUAUAUUCCAAGAAGUGGAGAAGAUUUACUUUCUUACAUUGAAAAACAAGUAAGGUUGAUUCAAAGGUUGUAAAAAUAUAUUAAUGUAAAAGUUUAUGUCGGUUUAUAUGUAAUUUCUGAUAGAUAUUUACUUUUAAACAUAUAAACUUGUGUGUGUAGACUUCUUUGAUAUACAUUUAAUAAUAAAUGAAAAAAAUAU